AUGGCUGCUCAAAUCUCAAAAAAAAGAAAACUCAACGAAUUCUUUACUCGUGAAUUAGCCGAAGAGGGUUAUUCAGGUGUUGAAGUCCGUGUAACACCAGCCCGCACAGAAAUCAUCAUUCGUGCGACCCAUACUCAAGAAGUCCUUGGUGAAAAGGGUCGUAGAAUUCGAGAACUUACUGCCCUUAUCCAAAAACGAUUUAAAUUUCCGGAAAAUACAGUAGAAUUGUAUGCUGAGAAGGUACAAAAUCGUGGGCUCUGUGCUAUUGCACAAUGCGAAUCUCUUCGAUACAAACUAUUAGCAGGUCUUGCUGGUUGUGAAGUGGUUGUUUCUGGAAAACUUCGAGCUGCCCGUGCAAAAUCAAUGAAAUUUGUUGACGGGUUCAUGAUUCACUCUGGCCAGCCAAUUAGAGACUAUGUUGAUACUGCUGUCCGGCAUGUAAUGUUGAGACAAGGAGUGUUAGGUAUCAAAGAUUGGGAUCCUACCGGUAAAAUUGGUCCUAAGAAGUCACUUCCCGAUGUGGUUAACAUCAUGGAACCUAAGGAAGAACCACUCAUAACGCAGCCGACUUCUGAAGACUUUCAAAGACCACCUCAAGAUAUCCCAGCUACAACCACAUCUCCAAUUCCGCAGCAGGAUAUUAAGAUGAUAAUGGUAGGAACCAAGCUUAGGAUAGAAGCCAAGGACACUGAUAUUUCAAACAACCUUCAUGGUGCCGUUACAAAAGCAAUUGUGCAAAAAGUUUUAACAAGUUUAGUAGAUAAAGAAGAAGUUGUCUGUAAAACUUAUGGAAAACAGUCUGUUUAUGUGGUAUCGCAGGAACAAUUCGAGUCUCCGUCACCUGAUGAAUUGAAUAAUAUGGACGCGGAAAUUGAAGAUCUUAAGAAAGAAGUCAAUGACUAUAAAGAAAGAAAUAAGCAAUUGCAGUCAGGUGAUCAUAAUAAUAGAAAUGAAGAACGAUUACAAGAAUUAAAAUCAGGUACCAAGUCUGUGUCUGUUGAAGAUAAGAAUC